UCUAAUAAUCUUAAUGAAGAUUCUGAUGAUCUUAACGAAGAUUCUGAUGAUUUUGAUGAAAAUUCUGAAGAUUUUAGCGAUCUUAAUAGCAAUUUUGACAAAAAUAAAAAUAUUAAGAAGGUAAACAAAAAAGUUAUAUUCUUGAUUAAAUUUUUCAUUUAUUUUAAUAAACUUUUUUUUCAAUUUGUACUAAUAAAGCAACCUAAACCUAAGCGAGUAUCUAAUGUUGAUUCAAGCACAUUAUUUCAAUUAAAACCUCCACAAAUUAAUAAUAUCACUUGGGAAGAAAUUAAUGCAUCAUGGGAAGGCAUGUUUGGAUAUAGUAAUAAAUUAAGAUUAGGCGUAAUGAAAAGAGACAUCUUAGCAUUUUUACGUGAUUUAAAAGUAAUGCGCGAAACAAAUUCAUUUGAUAAUAUUUUAUUAAAUAUUUGGGAAAAAAAAUUCAACAAGUGGCUUGAUGAACUAGAUAAUGUACAAAAUUCUGAAACAAAUGGAGCUUCAACAUCUUCAACAUCACAUAAAGAAACUAUAUCAUCUCAUGAUUAUAUUCGCGAUGAUGCAAAAAUGAAUAACAAAAAAUAUAGAGAUGAUAUGAAAAUAUUAAUGGAGAAAAAAGUUAAAAAGAAAGAUAUAUUUAAGGUUGGCGAUAUUGUUAAUCUUAAAAUUCCAAAGGCAGAUAAAGGAAAAUUAGGACGCAGUCAUUUACCUUGUAAGAUUUUAAAAGUUAAACCUAAAGGCUUUUACAAUUUGGGAUGUUUUGCUGGAACAUUAAAUGUAAACUAUAAGGGAAAUUGUUUGGAAUCAACUGAAUUAACUUCAAUGGCUGAAUUAACAAAUAUUCCAAACAAGGUACAGAAGCAGUUAGAUUACAAAGUAAUGUAA